AUGGAAAAAUUGAUUCGGUGUGGUCGAGAGAUCGAAUCUGGUCUGGCUCGAUUGCUAAAGAUGAAGCUCCGCGAAGUAUCUUCUGGUCCUGGCUCGGUUGCUGAAGGUGAAGUUCUAGCUCCUCUUGUCAAGACCUUCAGAUCGUCUCGGUCAUAA